AUGCUUGAAGAAUCGUUUACAUGCAUGGACGACAUCGUGGUGCGUGGGUGCGGUGUUACUUCACUGAGGGCGUAUAUAAGCCGCUGGCCGCGAGGACACAGGCACUCCCGUCUGCUCCACUCAGGCAACAUGUACAAGCUGGUGGUGCUGGUGCUCGCCCUGGCGGCCUGCGGCGUGACCGCCGCCCCCGGCAACCUGCUGGCCGCCCCCCUGGCCUACGCCGCCCCCGCUCCGCUGGUGACGGCGCACAGCUCGCAGGUGGUGGCGCAGAGGUUCCACGGCGUCGCCGCCCCCCUGGUGGCGCCCGCCCCCCUCGCCUACGCCGCCCCCUUCCACGUGGCCGCCCCCGCCGCCGCCUACCUUCUCAAGUGAGGCGGCGACACAGCACAUCCACCACUCGUGUGCACAGCCCUACAUCUCACCUCUUAUACCUCUUAUACCUCUUAUACCUUUUGUACAAUAAAUAAUCAAACAAAAAAUUAUUUUAUUACUUUCCUGAAUAAAAUUACACUUAUUUCAAACUGAAA